CGCCAUGAUUGUUACCGAUAGCAACCAGUAAAUUUCGAAGCUUGUGAUCGUGUCAGAAAGACAAGGAGGUUUGAUAAAUUUGUUUGUACCUCCUACGAUAAAUAUGGAGCAACAACAGAUUCAGGAGCAAGAUACAUAUGAAGUUCAAAGGUUACAAUUAGAAAAGAUUGAUGGAUUUAAUGGCAAGGUGAAACACGGUUUAAAGGUUCACCCUGACAGACAGAAUAUCAUAUACCCCCUUGGUUCUUCAGUGGUUAUAGAAAAUAUUAGCGGAAAUGGAAGACCAAGUCUACUUUGUGGACACACAAGCAAAGUCACUUGUAUUGCUAUUUCAAACAAGAAUGGAGAUUUUAUUGCAUCAGGACAGGAAACAUAUAGUGGUUUCAAGGCCAUAGCAAUUGUUUGGGACUACAGAUCACAGACACGUCUUCACACAUUAGAAUUACACAAAGUUAAAGUUCAGGCUCUAGUUUUCUCACCUAAUGAUCUAUACCUGGCAACUUUAGGAGGUCUCGAUGAUGGCUGUAUUGUGAUAUGGGAUGUGCAGAAAGGAAAGGCAAUCUGUGGUUCUCCUGCUCAGGUAGAGAGUGCAGGUGAUACAUUGUGCGUUGAAUUCUCCAAUGUAAGAGAUGAUGUGUUUGUUACUGGGGGAGAUUCAACAUUGAGAGUUUGGGAAUUGGAUGUGGAGAACAGAAAAAUUCGACCAUCAGAAGUUGACAUGGGGCAGAUAAAGAGAAAGAUCCAGUGUAUAUGCAUGGAUGAUCCAUAUUUCUACUGUGGAACUGCAACAGGCGAUAUACUGGCUAUUAAUAUGAAAACAAAACGCUUCCAGUACAAAGCUCCAGAGAAACAAAACUUUCAAAGUGGAGUCACUGCCCUAGCACAUCUGAAAAACAGCAACUUCCUUGUAGGAACUGGCUGUGGCCAAUUGUUUGAGCUGAAGUUUCCUCUGCCAGGUCCAAAUGACAAAAAACAACCUAAACCAAAAGAAGUCAGAUCUUGGAGUGAUGAAUCUGUAAAGAGUGCCAGUGGUAAUGGUAUUACCUCUAUUGCACUGAGAGGAGCUGGACACCAGUUUUUUGUUGGGACAGAGAAUGCUCGCAUGUACAAGUUUGGGUAUGAGUGUUCUAACAAGUCAGGUGCGCCGAUGUUUGAUUCCUGUGAACUCAUUAAGUCCUGCCACUCAAGUGAAGUGACUGAUGUCAUCUUCCCACCGGCUUCCUCAGAUUUGAUAGUGACAUGUCAGAAAGAACAGAUACGUAUCUGGGCUAUCAAAAAUAUGAAGGAAUUGAAGCGACACAUUGUCCCCAAUAUGACAUGUAAUGCCAUUGCUCUGGCCUGUAACGGACAAGCUAUUGUUUCAGCUUGGGAUGAUGGGAUUAUUCGUGUAUUUGGCUUUGGUGGCAAGAGUGGAAAUGAUAUUGUUUUAAGAAAGAUAAUCAGUGCAGCCCAUAGCAAGGGUGUGUCUGCGAUUGCUUGUACCCAGAACUCACCUGCCUGUGGCCAAGGACAGAUGGAUUUCAGGAUCAUAUCUGGUGGAGGUGAAGGUCAGGUCAGAAUCUGGAAUUUCCGGUAUGAUGGACGAAAUGAUCCUAGUUGCGAGCUUGAAGAAACACUGAAGGAACAUAAAGGAUCUGUGUCAGACAUCAAAAUAAAAGGAGACGACAGAGAAUGUGUGUCAUCAAGUGCUGAUGGAACGUCUAUUAUCUGGGAUUUGGACAAGAAAUCAAGAAGUCAAAUUGUAUUUGCCAACACGCUAUUUAAGUGUGUGUGUUACAACAAAGAUGAGACUCAGAUUGUAACGAGCGGUUCAGAUAGGAAGAUUGGUUAUUGGGAACGUUACGAUGGCUCAAUAAUUAGAAGUAUUGAAGGUUCCAUGACGGGAUCUAUCAAUGCAAUGGAUAUUUCUCCAGAUGGACAAUACAUUGUUACAGGUGGUGACGACAAAUUGUUAAAGGUAUGGUCAUACAAGGAAGGAGAGGUGAUAGCAGUAGGAACCGGACACAGUGGAAAAAUCUUACGUAUCAGGAUCUGCCCACAGCAGAGGUACAUCUGCAGUGUGGGUGAGGAUGGUGGCAUCCUUUUGUGGAAAUUCCCCUUCUAGACUGUUGUUGAGAUAUCAGUUGUCACCUAGACCAUAGAAAGCAAAACACAGCCAGUCCAUUUAAAGAAGAGCAGGUUUCUAAAAUGCUCUCCUAGAUAUAUUGUGUUUCCAGCUAAUAAUCCAUGUCAUUAGUUUCUACUUCUUCUCACUUCUUCUUUUCAUUCUGCCUACACAAGGAGAGCAUUUAAGAAACUGUUGCAUGGAUCUUCAAAGUUGUUAGUGUGUAAGAGAGAAACUAGCGUUACAUGUGGAAAUAAUGUUUAUGUGUUUUUGCAUUUUAUGUUUCUGUAUGCAGUUGUGUAUACAAUAUUUGUUUAUAUAUUAGAAUUACAUGCAUACAACGGACAUACUGUGAUAUCUUGUUUAAAGGGAGAAGUCAUUUCUGUUGCAGAACAGAAUCAUUGAAGGAACCAAAUAUUCUGUCCUUUGUAAACAUUGUCUUAUUUAUCAUAUAAGUUUGUGUAUUUGAUAUGAAUUUGCACUAAUGUGUGCUAAAUUGUACAGCCGAUCUUAAUACAGUAAAUGUUAUAUCCAGUGCACAGUUCUCACUUCUUUCAUUUUCAUAUUAUUUAUAUAGGAAAUGUAUUGCAACAAGUUGCUCAAAGGUGAGCUCUGGUCUGCUGUCUGCUCUGAUAAAUAUAUCACUGAAUUGGUUAGAUACGACAUUAAAUCUGUUAAAAGGUGGUCAAUUUCAUUCAACAUUUUAUGACAUUUUUCUCUUUACAUAGAGUUCUUCAUAAGAAAUAUAUGGGUUUUUUUUUUACUUUUAUAAAAUUUUGUGAUUACCUCACUUAAACAUAUUAGUAGAAGUAUUUAAGAAAGUGGAGUAAUUUUUCUGAUUUCGAUAUAAUUUCUGAUUUUACAUUUCCAUUUGAAAGAUAUCUGGAUAUUUCAAUAAUUGAACUAACAGGACAUAUAGUGCUGGAAUUCAUUUGUUUAGUCAUGUUUGCAACCAAGAUAGGCAAAAGUAAGGAGAUGGUACUUUUUCAAACUUUAUUUUUAAUAAAUUUCAACUAAACAUGUGAUUGUCAAUGCAGAUAUUUGACAAAUGUAAUACAAUUGUUCUUAUAUUAUUACAAUUUCAAAUAUUAUUUAUCUGAAAAGACUCUGUCUGAGUAGACAACCAGGAUAGAAAGAUCAAAUUCUAAAAAUGCAUAGGCUGAAAAAAUUGUAUCAUUCAUUCAGCGUUCAUUGCACAAGAGUAAUGGUCAGAUGUCAAAUUUCAAACAAAGCCUUUAGUUGAACAGUUUAUAAACCAACGUGUCAUAUUCUGAUGUGUUUGAAUUGUUCACCAAUAUGAGAUGCAGAAUCGAAGAACGAGUGUAUCUGCUGGAAAGCUUAUCCAUUGGAUAACAUUUUGAGCAAAUCUGUCUUUUCUUUCGUUUUAUCAGUUAAUGCAAAAAAUUGCAUUAAUGGAAUAAAUCUGACAUUGAUUUUUGAAACUCAAUAUUUUUAGUUUUAGUUUGGACUUAUGAAUGCUUGUGUGUAAAUGCUUUCAAAAUGUGAAGUUUUUUUACAUAACUUAUUUAAAAGUAUAGAACCAGAUAGUGAAGUAGGUAAUGCCAAACCAAGGUAACUUGAGUAUUUCUUUGCCUUACUCAGUAUUCAAGGUAUCAGUUAGUUAAUAUAUCUUUGUCAAAAUGCAACAGGACAUUUUUUAACAACACUUCUGGUUGUGUUAAUGUCUAAUUGUGAAGAUGAUUGUGUUUUCAACCUUUAUUGUCUCUUUUCAUUAUGUACAUUACAAUUGCAUUUUUUUUAUUUACUUGGUAUAAAUGAAUUUGUGUAUAUUAAAUAAAAUAUCUAUCUCUUCAAAUAUAGAUAA